AUGCCGUCGAGCGAAGAAGGCGAGCAGCACGCCCUCGCGGCCGACACGGGGCCCAUGGCGCCUCGGACCGCGUCCGUGGAGGGAUGCAACGCAGGCGACGGGGGCGCCGUGGGUGGGAAGAGAGGCGACGGCGACGGCGGUGGCCCACAAGACUCGUCGUCGAGCUUCAAGUAUCUGCUACGAGUCUUUGCAUACAACGACGCCAUGGGCUGGGUCAUGAACGCCGUCGCGCUCGCCUGUGUCGUCGUCUCGGGCACCGCCCUGCCCCUUAUGGACAUUGUCUUUGGCCAGUUCGUCAACGUCUUCAACGGCUUUGUAGCUGGUACCAUGUCGCCGGCCGCCUACCGCGCCGAGGUGGCCCGCUACUCACUGUAUUUCGUCUACAUCUUCAUCGGCAAAUUUGCGCUAACGUACAUCUGGACGGCCGGGCUUAUAAGAGGACAAAAACAGGUCCUGGUCAACGUGACAGCCAUCCAGGCGACCAAGAAACUACGAGUCGAUUUUCUGCGACAGCUUCUGCGGCAGGAAAUGGCGUUCUUUGACACGCCAUCAAUGUCGACGUCAAGCCAGAUUACAACCAACAGCAACCUCAUCAAUAUAGGCAUCUCAGAGAAGCUAGGGCUAACCAUCCAAGGCGUGGCCAGCUUUAUAACGGCCUUUAUCGUGGCCUUUGCCGUGCAGUGGAAGUUAACGCUUAUCGUGGUAGCCAUUGUGCCUCUAAACCUGGCGGUAACAGUAGCCUGCAUUAUGCGUGAUGCCUGGCUCGAGUAUAACAUGUUUGAAAUUUACAGCGAGAGCGGGAGCCUAGCUGAGGAGGCGCUGGUCUCGAUCCGCACUGCCCAUGCCUUCUGGGCCUUCCCCGGCCUCGUCCGCCGCUUUGGGGCCAUCCUCGACCGCGCCAAGCGCGUUGGUGACAAGAAAUCGCUUGUUUACGCUAUCCUUUUCCCCGUCGAGUUCUUUUGCGUUAUUUCCGGAUACGCGCUCGCCUUCUGGCAAGGCAUGCGGAUGUACUCGUCAGGCGAGAUCCAGAACCCGGGCACUGUGGUGACCGUCAUCUUCGCCGUCCUCGUAGCCGCGCAGGCCCUCACCCAGGUGGCCCCCCAGACCAUGGCUAUCUCCAGGGCGGCGGCCGCGGCGCAGGACGUCUUCGCAAUUAUUGACCGCCAGUCAGCUACUGACUCGCUGUCGCACGACGGCGAGCGCAUCCCCGACUUCCAGGGCGACAUCCGGCUGCGCGGUGUGCGCUUUGCCUACCCGUCGCGGCCAGGCGCCGCCGUCCUGCGCGGGCUUGACCUCGACGUGCCGGCAGGCCGGACUACAGCUCUUGUCGGCCCUAGUGGAUGCGGCAAGAGCACUAUCUUCGGCAUCCUCGAGCGCUGGUACCCUGUUGAAGCUGGCUCUACAGUCACGUUCGACGGCCGCGACCUUGCCGGGCUCAACCUGCAGUGGCUGCGCACGCAGGUUCGGCUGGUGCACCAGGAGCCAACGCUGUUUAGCGGCACUGUCUUCCAGAAUGUCGCUGACGGGCUCACUGGUAUAAACACAGAGUGCCUUGAUUGCGCGGAGAGGAUGCGGCUGGUGACUGAGGCGUGCAAGGCGGCCUACGCGCACGACUUUAUCGAGAGCCUGCCAAAUGGCUAUGAGACGAAGAUUGGCGAGCGCGGCGCGUCACUCUCGGGCGGGCAGAAGCAACGCAUCGUUAUUGCGCGCAGCAUUAUCUCGAACCCUAAGGUACUGCUCCUCGACGAGGCCACAAGCGCUCUUGACCCUAGCGCCGAAAAAAUCGUGCAGGCUGCCCUUAAUAACGUCGCCCGGGGCCGGACCAUGGUAGUGAUCGCGCACCGGCUCUCAACGGUGCGCGACGCCGACAACAUCGUUGUCAUGUCCAAGGGUCAGGCGGUCGAGAGCGGCUCACACGCACAGCUGCUUGCACGCGGCGGCGCCUACGCACGCCUUGUGCAGGCGCAGGACCUGGGCCAGGGGGCCGACCGGGCCGACGGUGACGACGACGCCGCCGCCCCGGCCAAGGGCGCGGCGCCGGCAGCCCUUGAACUGACGCCGACGCGCAGCUCGGCGGCGCCCGGGGCGGCGGCGCAGGGUGGCGACGGGCGGUACGGCCUGCUGCACGGCCUGCUGCUCAUCCUGCGCGAGCAGCGGCCGCUGUGGUGGCACUUGGCGGCAACGCUCGUGUGCUGCGUCGUCGGCGGCGGCACCUACCCGGCGCUCGCCAUCCUCGUGUCCAAGGCUAUAGUGGCCUUCCAGACGGUCGACGUAGCGCGCGGCAACUUUUUCGCCCUGCUCUUCUUCGUGAUCGCACUAGUCAACUUCGUGGCGUAUCUGUUUGUCGGGUGGUUCGCCAACGUGCUCGCCCAGACGGUAAUGCUUCAUUACCGCACCGAAGUCUUCAACAAUACGCUCCGCCAGGAUAUGAGCUUCUUCGAUCGGCCUGAGAACUCAACAGGCGCGCUUGUCUCACGCAUCGCGACGGAGCCUACGUCGCUACAGGAGCUUCUGUCGGCUAAUGUCGCCCUGCUGGCUAUGAACGCAGUCAACCUACUGUCAUCGUCGGUGCUCGCUAUUGUCUACGGGUGGAAGCUCGGGCUCGUGCUCGUGCUAGGGGCGCUGCCGGCACUUGUGAGCGCCGGCUAUAUUCGCAUUAGGCUUGAGUCCCGGUUCGAGCAGGAUAUCGCUGCGCGCUUCGCUCAUAGCAGCGGCAUUGCAUCCGAGGCCGUCAUCGGUAUCAGGACUGUCUCGUCGCUGGCCCUAGAGCGGGUCGUCAUCGCCCGCUAUGAGGCCGACCUACAGGGCAUCGCCACGCGGGCCGUUGGCGACCUUGGCGGCAAGAUGCUCUUCUACGCGCUAAGCCAGUCUAUUUCCUUCCUCGCUAUGGCCCUCGGCUUCUGGUAUGGGGGCCGGCUGGUAUCGACGGGUGAGUACUCAAACGGCCAGUUCUAUAUUGUCUUUAUGGCAGUCGUCUACUCGGCCGAAGCGGCUGCCAUGCUAUUCCAAUAUACAACGAGUAUCACGAAGGCGCAGACCGCUAUUAACUAUAUCCUGGGCCUGCGCCGCGACCUCGAGCUGGUCGACGAGGAGCACGAUGCGGACAACGGGGCUGAGAGCCCGACUUACGGUGGCAACGGCGCCGGGGAGAAAGACGCGCCGGCGCACGGCAUCGAAGUGCAGUGCGAGAGCCUCGAGUUCGCGUACCCGCUGCGGCCGCGGCACCGCGUGCUCCGCGGCCUGGAGCUUGGCGUCGGACCCGGCCAGAUGGUGGCACUGGUGGGCGCCUCGGGCUGCGGCAAGUCGACUGUUGUCGCCCUGCUCGAACGCUUCUACGACCCCACAGCCGGCACGGUGCGCGCCCACGGCCGCGACGUCCGCACGCUGGGCCGGCGGCGCUACCGGCGCGACGUGGCGCUGGUGCAGCAGGAGCCCGUGCUGUACCAGGGCUCCAUCCGCGACAACGUGGCCCUGGGCGCCCGCGACGGCGGCGGCACGGGUGCGGAGGGGGAGCCGCCGCUGUCCGAGGACGACAUCAUUGCCGCGUGCCGGGCCGCCAACGCGUGGGACUUCGUCGCCUCGCUGCCCCAGGGGCUCGACACGCCAUGCGGCCCCCAGGGCCUCUCGCUCUCGGGCGGGCAGCGGCAGCGCAUCGCCAUCGCGCGGGCGCUGGCGCGGCGGCCGCAGCUGCUGCUGCUCGACGAGGCGACUAGCGCGCUCGACAGCGCGUCCGAGGCGGCCAUCAAGCAGGCGCUCGCCCGCGCCGCCACCGGCCGCACCACCGUCGCCGUCGCCCACCGCCUCAGCACGGUGCGCCACGCUGACGCCAUCGCCGUCGUGGCCCGCGGCGCCGUCGCCGAGUUGGGCUCGCACGACGAGCUCAUCGCCCGCAGGGGGCUCUACUACCAGAUGGUCUUGUGCCAGUCGCUCGACCGCGAGGCCGCCUAG